ACGGGGCCGGGACUGCGCCAUGCAGGAAGCGCCAGCCGCGCUGCCCACGGAGCCGGGCCCUAGCCCCGUGCCAGCCUUCCUUGGCAAGCUAUGGGCGCUGGUGGGCGACCCGGGCACCGACCACCUGAUCCGCUGGAGCCCGAGCGGGACCAGUUUCCUCGUCAGCGACCAGAGCCGCUUUGCCAAGGAAGUGCUGCCCCAGUACUUCAAGCACAGCAACAUGGCGAGCUUUGUGCGGCAACUCAACAUGUACGGUUUUCGGAAGGUGGUGAGCAUCGAGCAGGGUGGCCUGCUGAGGCCGGAACGGGACCACGUCGAGUUCCAGCACCCAAGCUUCGUGCGCGGCCGAGAGCAAUUACUGGAACGCGUGCGGCGUAAGGUGCCUGCGCUGCGCGGCGACGACGGCCGCUGGCGCCCUGAGGACCUGGGCCGGCUUCUGGGCGAGGUGCAGGCUUUUCGGGGAGUGCAGGAGAGCACCGAGGCGCGGCUGCGGGAGCUCAGGCAGCAGAACGAGAUCUUGUGGAGGGAGGUGGUGACACUGCGGCAGAGCCACGGUCAGCAGCACCGGGUCAUUGGCAAGCUGAUCCAGUGCCUCUUUGGGCCACUUCAGGCGGGGUCCAGCAGCGCAGGAACGAAGAGAAAGCUGUCCCUGAUGCUGGAUGAGGGGUGCCCAACACCAGCCAAAUUCAACGCCUGCCCCCUACCUGGUGCCCUCCUGCAGGACCCCUACUUUAUCCAGUCGCCUCUCCCAGAGACCACCCUGGGCCUCAGCAGCCCUCACAGGGCCAGGGGCCCCAUCAUCUCUGACAUUCCGGAAGACUCUCCAUCCCCUGAAGCAACCAGGCUUUCUCCCUCCAGUGGUGGCAGGAGGGAGAAGGGCCUGGCACUGCUCAAAGAAGAGCCAGCCAGCCCAGGGGGGGAAGGCGAGGCCGGGCUGGCCCUGGCCCCAAACGAGUGUGACUUCUGCGUGACAGCACCCCCACCGCUGCCUGUGGCUGUGGUGCAGGCCAUCCUGGAAGGGAAAGGGAGCCUCAGCCCCGAGGGUCCCAGGAGUGCCCAGCAGCCUGAACAAAGAGGCCCCAGGGAGGUUCCUGACAGGGGGCCUCUGGACCUGGAGAGAGGAGCCCGGAGCCCGGAGAGUCUGUUGCCUCCAAUGCUGCUUCGGGGCCCCCCUGAAAGUGUGGAGCCUGCAGGGCCCCUAGAUGUGCUGGGCACCAGCCUCCAAGGGCGGGAGUGGACUCUCAUGGACUUAGACAUGGAGCUGUCCCUGUUGCAGCCCUUGGUUCCAGAGAAGGGUGAGACUGAGCUGGCGGUCAAGGGGUUAAAUUCUCCAGGGCCAGGGAAGGACUCCAUGCUGGGGGCACCACUCCUGCUGGAUGUCCAAGCCGCUUUGGGAGGCCCAGCCCUUAGCCUGCCGGGAGCUUUAACCAUUUACAGCACCCCUGAGAGCCGCGCCUCCUACCUGGGCCCAGGGGCCAAUCCCUCCCCCUGAGAGCCCUCUCCACUCUGAAACCAGCCUGGCUGAGGGGCGGGCUGGCCGGCAGCACGCCCGGCUCGGCUUCCUUGAGCCCCUGCUGGAGGCUGAGUGAAGCCCCUCCUACUUUGGCAGCCCCUCUCCAAUACCGAGCCCUGCAUAAAACUGCGUUUUUUUCUGUG